AUGAACGUCCCUUUGGGGAUGGACCUCUUCCCCGCGAUCAAACCUUUACCCCAAGGUGACGACUUGUUGAAGGCUUUCAUUUGGGGGGACGUGCAAGAACAAGAAGCGAAAAGGGAGAAGGAGCAGAAGGAGAUGGAGGAACAAUUCGAUGAGAGGCGAGAAAAGUUUGGGACCUAUUGGAGGGAUCAGUUCGUCAAGGAGUUUGGGACCGGAUUGGGCACCUUGGCCGAGGUUAGUUCGGACCGAUCGGUUGGAGGUGCAGAACGGGUUCUUUGGCGAAAGAGGGGGAAACUUAUGACGCUUCCCGACGUCUCAUAGGAACCGGGUCUGACCCAACCUCGCCUCAAGCUCCUGCUGGAUUCCAUCAAUUCGCUCUCAGCACUACACACGACCUCUUCCGAAGCGGCCAAAGCAUCCCGUUCGAUAUGGUACCAUGAUCCAGAAGAGACCGUGGAUCCUUUAGCUGGCCUACCCAAGGCUCCUCAGGAAGAGGCGGAUGAGGAAUGGGCUACAGAAAAGGUCGGCGGUUUAGGGGACGUCGAGUCGGCUUUGGAAGGGUUGGAGGACGCGUUGAAGAAGGGGAAGGAUGUCGGUGUCGAGGGGAGUAAAGACGAGGCGAUGGAGGUCGAUCAGGAGUAG